AACAUCUCCUAAUUCAACCAUCUAUCUACCACCUUGCGCCGUAAUAUCUCUUUGCUCGCCUGUCCUUUGGUCUCACGCAAUCUCUCUCCUUCUUCGGGCCCAUUGCCUCGAGCCGUACAAAGGUAUGAUGAGUCGGUAGUCCCAGAAAGCUGCGCCCUUGACACCAUCACUAUGCCUGGCUCUACUUCGUCCCAUAACUCGCACUCGCGAACAAGACGGCGUCCUCAUACCCCUCCUCGAACGAAGCGCGACCUCGCAGGCACCGUCGGGAACGCAUCAUGGAUUUCCUCGGUCAUCAACCUUCUCAACACCAUCGUCGGCGCCGGUGUGCUUGCCAUGCCUCUUGCCAUGUCACAUAUGGGCAUUUUCUUGGGUACAAUCGUCAUACUAUGGGCAGGACUCACCGCUGGCUUCGGACUAUACCUCCAGACCCGAUGCGCCGCGUACCUUGAACGAGGGUCGUCCAGCUUCUUUGCCCUAUCGCAGAUCACAUACCCCAAUGCCGCCGUGAUUUUCGACGCAGCAAUCGCCAUCAAAUGUUUCGGCGUGGGUGUCAGCUAUCUGAUCAUUAUUGGAGAUCUCAUGCCAGGAGUGGUUCGUGGAUUCGCCAACGAGGACAGUCUGGCCCCGUUCAUGUUCGACCGACAUUUCUGGAUCACUGCGUUUAUGCUAAUUGUCAUUCCCUUCUCCUUUCUCCGCCGGCUCGACUCGCUCAAGUACACCUCGGUUAUCGCGCUGAUCUCGAUUGGCUAUCUAGUCAUUUUGGUCGUCUAUCAUUUUGCGGCACGCGACACUCUUCCCUCCGGUCACUACGAGACGCCACUCCGCAUAUUCAAAUGGGCCGGCAUAGUGCCGACCCUCUCUUCCUUCCCGGUUAUCGUUUUCGCCUACACAUGUCACCAGAACAUGUUCAGCGUCCUCAACGAAAUCGCGGAUAAUUCUCACUUCCGCACUUCGUCGGUCCUGAUCACCUCCAAUGGGGUGGCGGGCUUUAUCUACAUUCUCGUGGCCAUCACUGGCUACUUGUCCUUUGGAAAUGAGAUCGGCGGAAACAUCGUGGCUCAAUAUGCACCCUCUGUGUCUACGACGAUCGGCCAGGCGAUGAUCGUGGUCCUUGUCAUGUUCUCCUAUCCUUUGCAAGUCCACCCAUGCCGAGCCAGUGUCGACGCCGUGCUCAAAUGGCGACCGAGCGACAAAUUGAAAGCGAAGUUGCGCUCCACCUCGGCAACCCCUACUUCGCAUGAUUCCAGUCCGCCACGAGAUACUCCGCUCCUCCCAGUCGCAAAGAAGCGAAGCGGCGAAAUGAGCGAGACCCGAUUUGCAGCAAUCACCACCGUCAUCGUCAUCUGCAGCUACAUCGUCGCCAUGACGGUAUCCAGUCUUUCCGCGGUGCUUGCGUACGUGGGCUCCACAGGGAGUACAUCGAUUUCCUUCAUCCUGCCAGGUCUGUUUUAUUACAAAAUCUCCUCGCCAGACUCACCUCACCACCAGCGUCUGCUCAAGGAGGAAGAUGACUAUGACAACGACGAGCGAGACGGUGUGGAGUCUGAUGAUGAGGAUAAUCAUGACGCCGGAGAUGGCGAGAGCCAGACUCUGUUGGCGAACUCGGGGAUUUUGAGUCUCGCCGGUGCUAGCCUUUUGCGACGGUCGAAGAAUUUCCGCCGGAAAUUGUUGAGGCGAUUGAGUCUUGCGCUGGCGAUUUAUGGACUUGUCGUUAUGAUUACUUGCUUGAUUAUGAACACUUUCUUUUUGGCGGCGCAUUGAGUGCGUUAUGACCGAUGGUGAUGGUCUUCCUUUUUAAAUCCGCCUUGGAAAGAAGAAUGAUAACCUAAUGUGGGGAGACAAGGACGGAUGUUGAAUGAAUGGGCGCCAGGCUUGUCACCAUCGUUGCAUCACAUAUAAAGUGCAGGAGGCGGUGGGGCCAAGCAUUGACCGCAAUCGUCGCUGCUGAAAGAGGCACCUGCAACAUCGAGUUACGAAGACAGGGCAGCCGGCAUAAGGGAGCGUUCUCGCCAUCCCAGCUGCUCCGAUGGCUGCAUCUGUGGGCCCUCUUUUAUAAGGUAACAACGUCGUGCCAAGCGUGGCAUGGCGAAACCAGAGCCGCUGCAUGGAUUGUACUGUCAUGGUCAUCGACAGUCAGAGUCCGCGAUUGGGAAGAUGGAGUCGGAUGGGCUGAGAUGAGAUGAGAAUGGAAUACAGGAAAGCGGGACAGAAAAAACAGAGAAGACUGAAGUGGAGGAUACACGAUACAGAAGAUCUACUCCUUAUCAUUAUAGCCUAGCGAUGGCGUAUUGGAAGGCAUGAGCUCGUCUGGUCCGGUCUAGUUGAAUCUACCUUUGGCCCCGAGUCUGAGUCUGGGGGUCACCUAGGUGGGGGUCAGGAUAAGAUACAACAUAGAGGGAUAUGAAUGAAAUGACUAUAUCUUG